CUUUUUGUCUAAAAGAAAAAACCACAUUAAAGAAAGAACCAUAAUCUCACUUACAUCGAACACUUUAUGAAAUUCAUUCUCUUUGUGAGAUAAAUAAAAAUUAAACAUAAAACAAAAGCGCCCGUGAAAUAUUUUUUUAUGAUUGUUGUUUUGUCAAUACAUAGAAAUCGUAAUAGCAAAAAUGGGGUCUCAUCAAUACCAAAUCGCCAAUUUGUUAGAAAAGAUGACUUCCAGUGAUAAGGAUUUUCGAUUUAUGGCUACCAAUGAUUUGAUGACCGAAUUACAAAAGGACAGCAUUAAAUUGGAUGAUGAAUCUGAAAAGAAAGUGGUACGAAUGGUACUUAAGCUAUUGGAGGACAAAAAUGGUGAAGUUCAGAAUCUUGCGGUGAAAUGUCUCGGUCCCUUGGUUAACAAAGUAAAAGAGAAUCAAGUAGAGACGAUUGUUGACUCGCUUUGUGCCAACAUGAUAUCAAAUACCGAGCAAUUACGGGACAUUUCAAGCAUUGGUCUUAAAACGGUUAUAUCGGAAUUGCCUCAGACAUCAAACUCUCUUGCUCCUAAUGUAUGCCAGCGAAUAACGGGUAAACUAAGCAAUGCCAUUGAAAAGGAAGAUGUCUCUGUUAAAUUGGAAGCUUUGGACAUACUUUCCGAUCUGCUCUCACGGUUUGGAGACUUUUUAGUGCCAUUUCAUAAUACCAUUUUAAAGGCAUUGGUACCACAAUUGGCUUCCUCACGGCAAGCGGUGCGCAAACGAACAAUAGUCGCUUUGUCUCAUUUGCUUACGCUGGCCAGUAAUACCGCUUACAAUGGUGUGAUUGAUCAUUUGCUCGAGGGUUUAGAAAAUCCGCCGAAUCAAGGCGCAGUGCGCACUUAUAUACAAUGUUUAGCAUCAAUUUGCCGCCAAGCCGGGCAUCGUCUAUGCAACCAUAUCGAUCGAGCUAUGAUUCUUCUUAAACAGUACAGUCAACGUGAUGACGAUGAAUUGCGUGAAUUUUGCUUGCAGGCAUGUGAGGCUUUCGUUAUUCGCUGUCCAGAGGCUAUUCGGCCACACAUUCCAAUGAUUUUGGAGCUUUGUUUGAAAUAUUUGACCUACGAUCCCAAUUAUAAUUACGAAGCAGACGAUGGUGAUGCUACUGUUUCUAUGGACACCGAGGAAGAUGAGUAUAUUGACAGUGAGGAGUAUAGUGAUGACGAUGACAUGAGCUGGAAAGUAAGACGCGCCUCUGCCAAAUGUUUGGAAUCGAUAAUUGCCACAAGGCACGACAUGAUUGAAGAUUUCUAUCGUAAUCUAAGUCCAGCUCUGAUUUCUCGUUUCAAAGAACGUGAAGAAAAUGUAAAAUCAGACAUUUUUCAUGCAUACGUGGCAUUAUUAAAGAAUACACGUCCUACGGAUGAUAUACCACACGAUCCGGAUUCGAUGGAACAGGUGCCUGCUUCCAUUACUUUAUUAACUGAUCAAGUUCCGUUCAUUAUCAAAGGAGUACAGCCGUUAAUGCGCGAAAAAUCUAUGAAAACUCGUCAAGACUGUUUCUUGUUGCUCCGCGAAUUAUUGAAUGCAUUGCCUGGCAGUUUGGGGCCACAUUUGGAAAGCAUUGUGCCAGGAAUAAGUUUUUCUUUAAACGAUAAAAACUCGACAAGCAAUAUGAAAAUUGAUGCACUCGGGUUCCUUUGUUCUCUAUUGCAAGGUCAUCAAGCACAUGUUUUUCAUCCUCAUAUACCGGUGUUAGUGCCAUUGGUAAUUAGCGCAGUGUUUGAUCCUUUCUAUAAAAUAUCCACGGAGGGUUUGCUAGUACUGCAACAACUUGUAAAAGUCAUUCGACCACUGGAUAGCGUUAAUGCUAGUAAUACAACAUUAGAUGUUACUCCUUUCGCAGCGCAGGUUUAUUCAGCCACUUUAUUAAAAUUGAAGGCAACCGAUGUAGAUCAAGAAGUGAAAGAGCGUGCGAUUGCUUGUAUGGGUCAAAUAAUUGCUAAUAUGGGCGACUUGCUUCAACAUGAGUUAUCUACAUGCCUGCCCAUCUUCUUAGAGCGUUUAAGAAAUGAAGUCACACGUUUGAGUUGCGUAAAAGCUCUAACAAUGAUUGCCGCUUCACCUUUACGCAUUGACUUAACGCCGAUACUGAACGAUGUUAUGCCCCUUUUAGGUACAUUUUUGCGAAAGAAUCAAAGGGCUCUCAAGCUAAACUCGUUGGAUUUGUUGCAUAAACUAGCCGACAAUUAUGCAUUAGAUGUAUUUGGGCCCCCUUUACUACAAACCGCCAUCACAGAAAUCCAACCACUGAUCUCAGAUUCAGAUUUACAUGUAGCACAAUUCUCACUCAUUCUGUUGACAACUGCUGCCCGCAAGCAUCCUCAAGCUUUGGUCGGCAUUCAUGACCAAUUUUUACCGUCAGUUUUGCAACUUCUGCGAUCACCAUUAUUGCAGGGCUCAGCUUUGAUUUGCACUCACGAACUGUUUAAAGCUCUUGUUCAAACUAAUUUGCCUGGUCUUGAUUAUCAAUCUUUACUAAAAAAGUUAAUGGAGCCAGUUGUAACAGUUACGCCCACUGUGGUGCAUGAUCAACUUCAUAAGCAGGCUUAUCAUUCGCUGGCCAGAUGCGUGGCCGCUUUAACACAGCAAUGCCCUAAUGAAGCCAUUCCAUUGGCUACUCAACUUUUGGGAGAUCUUCAGAAGCGUUCCUCUAUUGGAGACACUCAACUCGUAUUUUGUCUAUUGGCGAUUGGUGAAAUAGGUCGUUAUUUUAAUCUGAGUUCGAUACCGUCAUUACCACAAACUAUUAUUGAAUGCUUUGGUGCAAGUUCCGAAGAUAUUAAGGUAGCCGCCAGUCAUGCACUGGGAGCGGUAGCCGUUGGCAGUUUGCAUACAUUCUUACCGCUCAUUCUAAAUGAAAUCGAAGCACAACCAAAACGACAAUACCUACUUUUGCAUUCAUUGAAAGAAGUUAUAUCAUCUUUGUCAGUGACAUCGAAUGGUUUGUCGCAAUUGCUUCCAUCGGUGCCAUCGAUUUGGGCUCAAUUAUUUAAGCAUUGCGAAUGCCCUGAAGAAGGUUCGCGUAAUGUUGUAGCUGAAUGUAUGGGAAAAUUGGUGUUGGUUUGUCCCGAAGAAUUGCUGCCACGUCUACAAGAGGCUCUUCAUUCUGAAAGCCCACUAAUGAGAACAGUUGUGGUGUCCGCCAUUAAAUUUACGAUUUCCGAUCAACCUCAGCCUAUCGAUUUAUUACUUAAGCAAAAUAUUGGACAAUAUCUUUUCUUGUUACGUGAUCCUGAACCUUCUGUUCGCCGUGUGGCUUUAGUUGCUUUCAAUUCUGCCGUUCACAAUAAACCCAGUCUUGUUAGAGACUUACUGCCGACUCUAUUGCCAUGGCUUUAUUCGGAGACAAAAGUCAAAAGUGAACUUAUACGAGAAGUUGAAAUGGGGCCGUUCAAACAUACGGUGGAUGAUGGCUUGGAUAUACGUAAAGCGGCUUUUGAGUGCAUGUAUACUCUGUUAGAGCAGGGACUUGAUCGUGUCGAUGUUAUGCAAUUUUUAGAUCAUGUACAAGCAGGUCUUAGUGAUCAUUAUGAUAUUAAAAUGUUGACAUACUUGAUGACGGCCCGUUUAGCUGUUCUUUGCCCAGAAGCUGUUCUCCUGAGACUUGAUCAAUUUGUUCAGCAACUGCGCGAUACAUGUACACACAAAGUAAAAGCCAAUUCAGUUAAGCAAGAAUAUGAAAAACAAGAUGAACUGAAACGUUCGGCACUUCGAGCCGUCUGUGCUCUUUCGAAAAUUCCUAAAGCUGAUAAAAACCAACAGUUAACCGAUUUUCUGAAAUCAAUUAAAGAUUCUCCAGAACUCAAUAAAAUCUACGAGUAUGUUCAAAAGGAUACGAUCGUUAAUAAUUCAGAUAUUUCGAUGGAUCAGAGUUAAAAGCUACAAUCGUCCUAUGAGACUUUGGGAGUCUCCAGGGGAAGCUGAAUUGAAUGUUAUACUAACAAUUUUAUCUUUUCGCAUUUGAAAUCAAU